UCGUCCAAUAUGUCUGCUAAAAUGUUUUGAAAAAAUACACUCCUUUGACAAAGUUGUUUACACUGUGAAAAAUUAAUUAAAAUGUAUUCAAAUUAUACGUAAAUGUAUGAUAGAAAUUAUAUUUCUGUCCAUAAAAUUAAUUUCUGUAUUGAAACAGAUAAGGACACAUAGUGACUGAUUAAAAAUGUCAAAGUUCGUGUUGUCGGUAUCAUGAUCUACACAAAAUUGAUCACAUGUUUAAUUCAAUUUUAUGUCACACUUCCGUGCAAUUGGUAUGUCUAUUUAUUAUUUAUCGUGAAACCUAUAAAGCAACCGAAUAGAUGUCAUAAAAAUAGUUCAAUAACCUCUUUUGUAACAAUGAAAGACUGACGAAAUCAUUUGAUUAGAAUAUUUUGAGGUUACAAAACAUUCAAUACUUAAUUGAACUAGCAAAGUAUUUAAAAAAAAUUUGAUAUAAAAUCAAUAAAAUGGAUAUAUUUAAACAACGUUAUGGAUCAGAAUAUACUCCCCUAGUUGGAGAAGAACAUUCAAAAUAUCGAAUUGUUAUUCCUUUUAAUAAAUUGGCAUGGUUCACUGUUGGAUUGCCAUUUUUUGGUUUCCUAUUUUGCAUCAUUUGGUCUAUUACGUAUAAUUUUGAAGCAGCCACGUCGACACAUUGCCAAGUUUACAAUGUUCUUCCAUCAAUAUCAGCUGCGAUUGGGCAUUUUGAGCCUCAAAAAAAUGUCUGGAAACUGGCAAUAGCUCUUCAAGCAAUCAUAAGAUCAUUUAUUUUUUAUAUGUAUUAUCAAUAUUAUCAUCAGACUAUUUACAAAUGGGCUCAAGGUGUGAUAAAUCUUGCUCUUUUUACAUAUGCCAUUGAAAAUAUUUCUUUGUUCACUCUCAGCUUUUGGACUUCUAAUGAAAACUAUGCUUUACACAAGGUGUCUUUCAUUACUUUUUUGAUUACGUCGUUUAUACACAUGAUUGUCGUUUGUUACAUGGGAAAAUAUUGUAGAAGUACAAUGAAAGACUCAUCAGAGAUAAAGGCUUAUACUAUAAAAACUAGAGCUAUGCUACUAAAUGUGAUAUCGAUUCUUAGUGCUUGUUACUUCUUUUGGAAACAUAACAAAUAUUGUGAGCCUCUUGUUUAUUCCUUGUUUGCUCUUUCGGAAUAUAUGGUAGUGCUUACAAAUAUGUUAUUUCAUUUGACUGCUGCGUGGGAUUUUGCAGGAAGAAAAAUUUUAAUAUCCCUCCGAGGAAUAAGAGUUAUUUAGUAAUUAAAUAUUACCAAUGUAUAUAUGUAAGUACUUUUAACCACGGAUUUUUAUGCAUGAAGAUAUAUUUUUGGUACACUAAUAUAUUAUGAAAGAAAGAUAAUCAUGUUAUAUAGAGGACUAUAAUCACAAUAUUGAAGUGAAAUUUCUAUUAAUUUCAAAAUCAAAAAUUAAAACAUCAGUAAAAAAUUCUGAUAUGAAUGAAAUUGAAAACGUAAAAUGCAUGGAAAAUGUGUAAAAAUAUGUAUAAUAUGUAUAAAUGAUGAUGCAUAAUAUUUAUGCAGAAUAUUUUGUAUAUAUUACUGUAUACAACAAAUUAACAAGUCUGUGAUUAUAGAAAAUAUUUUAAAUAUCCAAAAUAUUUAACAUUUACCUAUGAAUUUAAUAUUUAUGAUAAUUGAGGCAAUAAAUUAUCAAUAAUCAAUCGAAACAAUUAGCACCUAUAUAGAUUGAUUUCAAUAUAUAUAUAUUUAUAUAUAUAUAUAUAUAUAUGAAGAUUUGUGUCAAAAUUUAAAGUCAGUUUUGAGCUUGUCGCAUAUAUGCUUCGCAAUAGCCAUGCUACUUGUAGCAGCUGGAGAAGGUGCAUUUCUACAGUGUAACACUCUACUUCCAAUACUUCCACUUCCAUUGUCAAAGACAAAGUCGUCAACGAGAUUACCGUCAUUGUCCAUUGCUUGUGCUCGAACUCCAGCUGGGCCUCUAAAAAAAUCAAUAAAGUUCAUAAUUAAAUGAUUGACAUAACUGAUUUAAACUCAAUACACUUAGAGAUUAUUUAACAAAAAAAGAAGUUUCUAUGAAAUUAUGGAAUGUACGCACCUUUUUAUGUCUUGUGAAGUAACAUCUGGAAUAAAUUUCUGUAAAUCUUGUACUGCUAAGCUAUAAAA